AUGGGCACAGUUAUUCCUGUGACCCCUGCCAACCAGCUGGCCACCAGCCACACAGUUCCUCAGCCAACAUGUGAGCUGACAGACCACUGCAGCCCUGCACUGUACCCACCUCCCAGGGAGCCAGACAGACCAUGCCUGCUGGACCAGACGCAGUGUGUCUCUUGCAACAAUGAUUAUGUUCCUGUGUGCGGCUCCAACAACGAAAACUAUGAAAACGAGUGUUUUCUGCGGAGAGACGCCUGCAAACAGCAGACCGAGAUCCUGGUGGUCUCUGAAGGAUCCUGCCCAGCCGAUGCUGGUUCAGGAUCAGGAGAUGAAGGAAACGAGGGUUCGGCAGAGAAUGGACAGAAAGAGACGACCACCUGUGACAUUUGCCAGUUUGGGGCUGAGUGUGAUGAGGAUGCUGAAGAUGUCUGGUGCGUCUGUAACAUCGACUGCUCCCACAUCAGUUUUAACCCCGUGUGUGCAUCAGACGGCCGUUCCUAUGACAACCCCUGCCAGGUAAAAGAGGUGUCGUGUCAGCGGCAGGAACGAAUCGAGGUCAAGUUCCUUGGUCACUGUCAGGGCGACAUGAUUACAGGCACCAAAGCAGGAGAUGGACAAUAUGCCAGGACAGACUACACAGAGGAGAAGCCUGAGGUUUCAGAGGUGGCAAGAGGGCUGUACAUCCCCUGCCCUGAGCGCUAUAAGAACUAUUGUGUUCACGGAGACUGUGAAUAUCCCAACAUGCUCUCAACACCGUCCUGCAGCUGUCACUCAGGAUUCAGUGGUCCACAGUGUGACACUAAGGAGUAUAAUGUGCUGUAUGUGGUGCCAGGCUCUGGAAAGCUCCGCUACGUCCUCAUCGCGUCUGUCAUUGGGAUUCUGCAGGUGGCCAUCAUAUGUGUAGUGGUGCUGUGUAUCACCCGGAAGUGCCCACGGACCAACAGAAUCAACCGACAGAAGCAGAACACAAUGCACUACAACUCUGAAAACACCCUGCGCGCCUCCACCCGCCUCAUUUGAGCCCGUGAGCAGAGAAUCAUGGGAAACGUAGUUUGGACAAAGGACAGAACAUAAGAAACUUGCUCUCCGUCCCCACAGAGACACUGCAUCCUGCUGGAUGAUGGGAUGGAGGGAUGGAGGACGAUGGUGCAGAUAUAUCGGAGGACGAUGGGUUCUACACACGAUGCCUUGCACCUGUGGCACAGGACACACACAGAGAAUUU